GUCAGUCACACAGCAAUUAUGAAGAUGCUAUCUAUUUAAAGAAAGUCUGAAGACCUCUUGUUGUCGAUUCAUUGAACAUUUUUACUGAUCUUCACACUGCUCAACAUAUCUCACCAAAACAUGCUGAGGAUUUUUGUGUUGCUUACAGCAGCAUUGUGCUGUAAUGCCCAGGAAAUCAUUGAUGGUUCAGGAGAAGGUGAUCAACCAUUUGGAAAUCCUGAUGUGCCUGUUGGAGUGACUGAAAAUGACAACGUUUACUAUGACCAAUAUAAUAAUGGUGAGCGCAAUAGAGACAACUAUGGAUAUAACAAUGGUCCACCGAAUGGAGACAGUUAUGAAUUUCUAUUUGGCCAUGGACAACCUGGACACAAUAUUCAGACCCCAUCUGCAAAUGAUGAUGUGACCACUGGAACGACUAAAAAUGACAACAAACCUGAAAAUGGAUACCCGUAUAAUAAUGGUGAACCCUUUGUAGACACUUAUGAAACAAUACACGGCCACAAACAGCCUGGACAAAAUGCCCAGUCCCCAUCUGCAAAUGGGGAUGUGACCACUGGAACGACUAAAAAUGACAACAAACCUGAAAAUGGAUACCCGUAUAAUAAUGGUGAACCCUUUGUAGACACUUAUGAAACAAUACACGGCCACAAACAGCCUGGACAAAAUGCCCAGUCCCCUGAUGUCGACUACAGUGCUGAUGGUUCUGGAGGUCCAUGAGGACAAUGAGCCAGUGAAUAAACAUCCUGAGUGGACAACAAAACACCAGGCUAUAGCUGGCCUGAUCAGCUGAUUGAAACAGCAUUUGAAAUAAAAAUAUGUAAAACCAUG